ACCAAUACCACCACGACAUGACAGACAAAACAAUCUACUUCACUAGACACGCUCAAGCAGCUCAUAACGUUGCAGAUGACUAUACCAUUCCAGAUGCACCAUUAACGCAAUUAGGAAGGGAACAAAGUAGUAGAUUGAACCCACUUACAGAAGAAACGAUACAGAAGACAGCGGAAUUGUUAGUAUCCUCACCUUUACGUAGACCAAUGCAAACUAUGUUAGAGGGAUAUCCAAACCUCGUCAAAAGAUUGGAAUCUGAAGGCAAACCACCAAUUUUAUUAACAAUUGCGCAGGAAGUAAACGGACACCCAUGUGAUACAGGUUCAGAACCAGACAACCUGAUCUCUGAUCCAGAAUUCAAGGGUCUUGACUUUAAGGAUGUUCACCCUGGAUGGACCAACAAGAAAGGUAUUUAUGAUCCCGUAAAUGCCGCAGAACGUGCAAGACAAUGUAGGGAAUGGAUAAGAAACCGUCCAGAAAAGGAGAUUGUAUUUGUCGCUCAUGGUGAUAUCCUCAGAUGGAUCACAGACGGAUACAACAGCGCGAAGUACUGGGGUAACGCAGAAGUUCGCACUUACACAUUCAAAAGCAACGACGGUGAGGAUGCUCUUGUCGUUCCAAAGGAAGGCGGAUUACACUACGAAGUUGGUGAUAAAGGACCAACUAGCUCUUCUCACGUAUUCCAGAAGUAAUCUACAAUAUCUUAUGUAUAUUAAGUACACUAGAAUACAUUUUAUAUUACAAA